GAUACUAUUACAUCAAAGUCUUUGAAGUCAAAUUAAUGCGUGUUACUAUUAUUGAUCCUUUUACGGUUCCAAAUGUCAAUGAAGUAAUAAAUUUUCAAAACGGUUCGACUGUGUCGCCAAAUUGUUUUAUUCUUUUCAGAAGAGAGGUACAAACUCGCAUUUCGGACAAAGGUUUACGCAUAGGAAGGACUACUUUAUCCAAACUUUCAAGUGCUAUUUGGAAAGAUUUAAGGGACAAUGAGCCAAAUCUUGUGAAUUCGUUUAAAACCGUAGCAAACAAUGCAAAAAGAAUUUUUUGUGGAAGAGGAUUGCGCUUUCGACACGUUCGAGGCUCUCGUAUUAGAUGA